AAAUUCUCAAAAAUAUAGUGUAUUCAAUAUAUACAUAUGCGCGUUUGACGUUGCGUUUGCAUUUUCAAAGUGAAAACAUGGUCACCAUUUGAUGGAAAACAGUUCUCUGAUUUUUUUCUCCUUCGUUUUCCUUGCAUUUGGUUUAAAACCCCACAACCCAGAUUUUAUUGUGGCUUUUUAAUGAUGUGUUAAGAUGCUAAGCUUGGAAAUCUCAACUGGGGAAAUAGAGAGUGAAGCCUCUUAAAAGUAGAUAAAUAUAAAAUAAUUGCAGUAGUUGACGUUUCGAGUAGCAAUGGCUUCUAGAGGCAGUGCUUGGAAAGAAGUUGUUGAAUCUCAUUCCCCUGUUGCAGAUUAUGGCACUGCUGCUACAAAAUAUGAGAAUAAUACUACAACGAUGAAAAAUGCUGUUAGUUAUGUUGGAAAAAAUGGAAUUCAUUCAAGCAACGAUGUUUACGAGCUCCUUGAGUGUCCUGUAUGUACAAAUUUGAUGUAUCCACCAAUUCACCAGUGUCCAAAUGGACACACUUUAUGUUCCAACUGCAAGAUUAGAGUGCGCAACUGUUGCCCCACAUGCCGGUAUGAUCUUGGAAAUAUAAGGUGUUUAGCUCUGGAGAAAGUUGCAGAAUCCUUGGAACUCCCUUGUAAAUACCAGAAUCUAGGUUGCCACGAUAUCUUCCCCUAUUACAGCAAGCUUAAGCAUGAGCAACACUGUCGAUUCCAUCCCUACAAUUGCCCUUAUGCUGGGUCUGAGUGCUCUGUCACUGGUGACAUACCGACCCUCGUUGCUCAUCUCAUGGAUGAUCACAAGGUCGACAUGCAUGAUGGAUGUACCUUCAACCAUCGAUAUGUCAAAUCAAAUCCACACGAAGUUGAAAAUGCCACAUGGAUGCUUACUGUUUUUAAUUGUUUUGGAAGACAGUUCUGCUUGCAUUUCGAAGCUUUCCAGCUUGGGAUGGCACCUGUCUACAUGGCCUUUUUACGUUUUAUGGGUGACGAUAAUGAAGCAAAAAAGUUCAGUUAUAGUCUGGAAGUUGGUGCCAACGGCCGGAAACUAAUAUGGCAAGGCAUUCCCAGGAGCAUCCGCGAUAGUCAUAGGAAAGUUCGUGACAGUCAGGAUGGACUGGUGAUACAAAGGAACCUAGCUCUAUACUUUUCCGGUGGCGAUAGGCAAGAGCUGAAGUUGAGGGUAACAGGCCGUAUAUGGAAAGAAAAUGACUGAUUGAGGUUGAAAAGCAUGGUGAAUCAAGGCGAUUUUUUGUACAGUUUCAAAAAACUAGAGUCCUUUGGCUAAGGAAUGAAAGCUUUUGUUUUGUAAAAUUAGUGAUGUAUUGUAUUUGUAAGUGGGAAAUGUCCACUCUAAUCCCCCUGCCGACCGUCCGGCCGCCGCCCUCUGCUGAAUGUUUAGUGUAGGAAAUGAUUUAUACGAGUCUUCUUGGAAUUUGAAUCCUUAGGACUAUUUUUUUGUUUUGCAUCUUUUGGAUGCGAUCGCCGUUGGCUUCCUGUACGAAACCAUGUUCAUUAUUAUCAACUU